AUGGGCCUGUUGUUCCGCCGCUUGUUGCCGUCCACCGUUGUCGUUUCCUCGUCGUUGAUCUUUCAGAGCAAAAAUCUUAGUAGCACAACAAACAAAAUGGCUGAAGAUUGGAAGAAUGCCAAAUCUGUGUAUGAAUUCACAGUAAAAGAUAUCAAGGGAGAAGAUGUUUCGUUGGAAAAAUACAAAGGUUGUGUGUUGAUCAUUGUAAAUGUAGCAUCCAAAUGUGGUUAUACAUCUAAGCAUUACAAAGAGUUAAUUGAGCUUGAUGAGAAGUAUCGUGAUAAAGGGUUGAAAAUUCUCGGUUUUCCGUGCAAUCAAUUUGGGGGCCAGGAACCUGGUGAUGCUGAUAGUAUUUGUAGCUUUACUGCAAAACAAAAUGUUAAAUUUGACAUAUUUGAAAAAGUUGAUGUCAACGGCAAUGACGCACAUCCAUUAUGGAAAUAUUUGAAAUCAAAACAAGGCGGUUUAUUGAUUGAUUCUAUUAAAUGGAAUUUUACCAAAUUCAUUGUUGACAAGAACGGACAACCCGUUGAGAGGCAUGCUGCUAAUGUUAGCCCUUUGGGUUUGGAGAAGAAUUUGCAACAAUAUUUGUAA